GAGAGAGCACACGCCCACUCUCUCUGAUACGCAAUAUGCGCUACGAUAUGCCGCCGCGCGCGCCGAUGAGGAGUAUGUACCGCGGAAGUGUCACACACGGAAGUGAGAAACGACGGCUCAAUUGUUGUCCACGAAAAAGACGGAGAUUUCAUUUUAUUUGCCGUGAAGAAUCCAUAUUUUGAAAACCAAAAUGCCGGCCUAUCACUCACAGUUGAGUACCAAUAUGAAGAUUGGAAACCUGGCCCUUCUACCUCUCAAUACCAAGUACAGAGGACCAGCACCACCUGGCACUGGAGAGAAUGACAUCGUUGAUGAAGCCCUUUUCUAUUUCAAGGCAAACGUUUUCUUCAAAAAUUAUGAAAUAAAGGGUGAUUCUGAUAGGGUACUCAUCUACCUCACAUUGUACAUCACAGAGUGCCUAAAGAAAUUACAAAGGUGUUCCUCUACAACUGAUGCUCAAAAAGAGAUGGCCUCUCUAGCUAUUGCAAAGUUCAGCAUUCCAGGAGAAGCAGGCUUCCCCCUCAACGCCAUGUAUCAAAAACCAACCAACAGGGGAGAAGAAGACCAAAUGAGGGCCUACGUACAGCAGCUGAGACAGGAAACCGGCCUGCGCCUGGUGGAGAAGGUGAUGGAUCCACAAACCAACAAACCAAGCAAAUUCUGGAUGUGCUUUGUCAAGAGAAAAUUCAUGGAUCGCAGCCUCUCUGGCCCUGGGCAAUGAAGAAUUAAUAAUUUUUGUAAUUAUAUAGGGCAGUUCCAUUAUACUCAGUCCCAUGUAUUACCUAUCAUGUCAUUGCUUUCAGUUAGAUAUAGCAGUAUCCUGCUGUAAGCCAUACAUGUGUAUGUAAAAGCCUGAGGUGGAUGUCACAUCAGUUAAACAAGGAUGCUACUUCUCUGACAAAAGGAGCAAUUUAUACAUUUUCCAAAUUUUUUGUACAAAAGGGUGUAUUGCUCUAUUUUAGAUUAAUUUUGUUUUUUUCAAUGUUAAGUAGCAUCUCUAUUUAAAGUGAUCUUCUUUUGCUCAGGUCCAUGAGCCAUGACUUGGCCGAUCGCAUACAUAUAGAACUGGCAGUUCUAAUACACACUAACAAUUCUUGGUAAUACAUAGGGCAUAUAUGUAACUUCUUACGUGCCCAAAUGAGAGACAUGAUGCAUAGUGCACACACAUACACAUGAGAUUGAGUCCAUAAUAGAAAGAGGAUGUAUUAUAACUUUUUAAAAUGAAAUUUUAUCAAUCUCCAAAAGACACUCGAUACGCUUCUGUUACAUCAGAGAUAUAUCUUUGUUUUAUAAAUUUUGCACAUUCAUCUACAGAAAAAACAUGUUAGUAGGUGAAUUUUCCCCAUACUAGCUCUCGGAUUUCGUCUAAAGAAAAGGUAGAUGUGUGACCAAUGUUUAGAUUUCCAGUUUUUAUCACCGGUAUCCAAAGUGGAUCAAGUGCCUUCUGGAAAAUAAUGCUCUAAAAGUUGAUAAAUUUUAAACAUUACGUGAUCGUUAUUUAGUAAUUUCCAGUAGUAAUCAUAGGUAAUCGAAUAUUGAUUUUAGUGAGAAUAAUCAUGAUUACCGCCGGUAUUGAGGAUAAUUUAGGCCUUUGGAGGGGCCUACAUAAAUGGAAAUACCUGAAAAUAUAUUGCUCACAAAAGCCAAAGCAUCUCACAUGAUAUAUGUAUGAUUUCCAUUUACUUCACUUGAAAUUUAUAAAGCAGUCAGUCAGUAAUCUUUGCAAGAGGUAUAUGAUAAAACCUAAAAUAUUAAAUAUUAUGAAGGUAGGAAUAUGUGCACUGCACAAUGAUGCAUAUUCAUUAUUCCUGGUUUUCUCAUUAAUCAGGAAAAAGGCUAUUUUUUAUUAUGCACAACAACCCAUGUAGUACAGAAACAUUCUCCCUUUUCAAUUUUCUUACUUGACUUACUUGAAGUACCCUAUUAGCAUUCCAACAACCCCAAAUAUUUAUGUAUUUUGAAAACAUGAGUUUUAUUUGGAAUGUUUGAUUAGGCAGACUUUCUAUUACAUUUUUUUUCUUUAUUAGACUGAUGAAAAAUUAUUUAUGAUUUUUGUGUACACCCAUGGCAUUUAUAAAUAAAAAUAAUGCAAGGAGAAAUAUGUUGGCAUCAAAUGCAUUUCUUGUCAGUGUUACCAAUUCCAUUAGUAAGCAAGUAACUAAUUUGGUAGGAAAUGAAUGACACAUUUAAUUGUUAUUCCAUAGAUUAGUUCUUUAAGCAAAUUAUGUGUACUUAGAUUUGUACAGAGAUUGUUCCAUGUGCACAUGUUAAAUGAUGAGAAACUUCUUUCCAACAUUGUAUUUAUAUUAAUCUCAUUCUUGUAUCAAUGAAAUAAAAAAUUAAAGCACACUUAGAUCAAAA